GAUGAAAAUCAGCUACGACGUGGUCAAAAGGUGGAUUAAUGAGGCUCAGGAAGCAGCUUCCAGUGACAACAUCAUGGUACAGUAUCACGCUCUGGGGCUGCUCUAUCACCUGAGGAAAAACGACCGCCUGGCUGUUUCCAAAAUGCUGAAUAAAUUCACCAAAUCUGGCCUGAAAUCCCAAUUUGCUUACUGCAUGUUGAUCAGGAUUGCAAGCAAACUCCUUAAAGAAUCUGAGGAGGGCCAUGAAAGUCCUCUGUUUGACUUCAUUGAGAGCUGCCUGAGGAACAAACACGAGAUGGUGAUUUAUGAAGCUGCCUCUGCCAUCAUCCACCURCCAAACUGCACUGCCAGGGAGCUGGCACCGGCUGUGUCAGGUUGGUCACAGUCCUUGGUACCCCUGAAAACAGCUGGGACAAAGGGAAAUCAAGACAUUUUAACACCCAAAACCUGAAUUUUCUGGUUGUAU